CGGAGAGUUGUCGGCUGGGAAAUGGCGGCCGCGGGCUUGGUGGCUGUGGCAGCGGCUGCGGAGUACUCUGGCCCCGUGGCGUCCGGGGGAAACCUCUCCGGUGCAAACUGUGGACCGAGCCCUGGGCUAGGCCCUGGUCCUGGCCCGGGCUCGUGGAGCCGCUCGGUCGACCGAGCCCUAGAGGAGGCGGCGGUCACCGGGGUGCUGAGCCUGAGCGGCCGGAAACUGAGGGAGUUUCCCCGGGGAGCGGCCAACCAUGACCUGACGGACACCACCCGGGCCGACUUGUCACGGAAUCGCCUCUCAGAAAUUCCUAUGGAAGCAUGUCACUUUGUCUCUCUGGAAAGUCUUAACCUAUACCAGAAUUGUAUUCGGUAUAUCCCAGAGGCCAUUCUAAACUUACAAGCCCUGACAUUCUUAAAUAUUAGUCGGAACCAACUCUCGACAUUGCCAGUACACUUGUGUAAUUUACCAUUGAAAGUCUUAAUUGCUAGUAAUAACAAAUUGGUCUCACUUCCUGAAGAAAUUGGACAUCUCAGACAUUUGACGGAACUUGAUGUGAGCUGCAAUGAAAUUCAAACUGUACCUUCCCAAAUUGGUAAUCUGGAAGCCUUGAGAGACUUUAAUGUAAGAAGAAAUCAUCUAGUACGCCUGCCUGAAGAGCUAGCAGAAGUGCCUCUGAUACGACUAGACUUCUCAUGCAAUAAAGUCACAGCCAUCCCCGUGUGCUACCGGAACCUUAGGCACCUCCAGGUGAUCACCCUAGAAAACAACCCACUGCAGUCACCUCCUGCACAGAUAUGUAUAAAAGGCAAAAUCCACAUAUUUAAAUACCUGAACAUACAAGCUUGUAAGAUUGCUCCAGAUUUACCAGAUUAUGAAAGGAGACCAUUGGGAUUUGGCUCAUGCCAUGAAGAACUGUACUCUCGUCCUUAUGGAGCCCUCGAUUCAGGCUUCAAUAGUGUGGAUAGUGGGGACAAGAGGUGGUCAGGAAAUGAGCCUACAGAUGAAUUUUCAGAUUUGCCACUUCGAGUGGCAGAGAUUACUAAAGAGCAGAGACUUCGGAGAGAGAGCCAGUACCAGGAAAAUCGCAGCAGUGUGGUAGUCUCAAAUGGUGGAGUGGAGCAUGAUCUGGAUCAGAUUGACUACAUUGACAGCUGUACUACAGAAGAAGAAGAGAACGAUGUCAAACAGCACAAAGGCUUGGAUGCCAACAGUCUCAGCUCACAGUUCAUGGCAUACAUUGAACAGCGGCGGAUCUCCCAUGAGGGUUCACCAGUAAAGCCAGUAGCUGUUAGAGAAUUUCAGAAAACAGAAGACAUGAAAAGAUACUCACAUCAAAGCAGGGUUCCAGCUGAGCCAUCCUCCGUGUUAUCACUGCCACCAAACCACAAUCGGCUUUCACAUUCAGACUUGGAGCUUCAUCAGAGGAGAGAACGGUCAGUCGAGUGCACUCGGAGAGAGGCACAGCUCGCAGCCCUGCAGUAUGAGGAGGAGAAAAUAAGGACUAAGCAGAUUCAGAGAGAUGCUGUCUUGGACUUUGUCAAACAGAAAGCAUCACAAAGUCCACAGAAACAGCAAUCUCCUGGAGAUGGUGAGUGUCCCCUCCCAUCCCGAAGGUCUCAGCACACAGAUGAUAGUGCCCUGUUAGUGUCGCUGUCAGGCAUGGAACGAGUAAGCAGCGUGGCUACCCUGCCUCACUCUUCUGCCUUCACACCUCUUAAGAGUGACGACAGAGUCAGUGUCACCUCAAGCUUUCCUACGACAGAGACAGUCCAUCAUUCCCCUGCAUAUUCUUUUCCUGCUGCUACCCAGAGAAAUCAGCCCCAGCGCCCUGAAAGCUUCCUUUUCCGAGCUGCCGUUAGGGCAGAAACCAAUAAAGGGCGUGCCUCACCCCUUCUGUCCUCUGCACCUGACCCUGCAGAUCCUGUAACAAGACAGAGAGAAGAGGAGCUGAAAUUAAUAGACCAGCUGCGCAAGCAUAUUGAGUACCGAUUAAAAGUAUCUCUGCCCUGUGAUCUUGGAGCAGCUCUGACUGAUGGUGUUGUACUUUGCCACUUGGCCAAUCAUGUUCGGCCUCGAUCUGUCCCAAGCAUUCAUGUCCCAUCUCCAGCUGUGCCUAAAUUAACAAUGGCAAAAUGCAGGCGAAAUGUGGAGAACUUCCUGGAAGCUUGCAGAAAAAUCGGUGUACCCCAGGACAAUCUCUGUUCCCCUUCCGACAUCCUUCAGCUAAACCUCAGCGUUAAAAGAACUGUCGAAACCCUGCUUUCUCUCGGGGCACAUGCAGAAGACUCCAGCAUUGUCUCUCUGUCUGUCCAGCUUCUGGGUUUUGUGGCAUUUUACUGUGCUUUAAUGUUAACUCUCUGUGUGCUGUAUUACCGGGUCUUCCCCUCUAGCUGACAGUGCAGCCCGUGCCUUCCACCUCCUUCCUGUGCUUGAUGCAGGUUUGUUUCUCAUACAGAAUUACUGACGUGAAAAAACAUGUGUUUUUUUCAGAGUGCACCUGAGUAGGUGCAUCGUUUCUUUUAUGUCCAGAGGGGCAGCACAUGGCACAGUAGGCACUAACGAUGGCUAACAGAAAGAUCAUCACUUACUUCCCCUGUCCUGUGGCCUUGUUUCUCGUUUUAGGGGGUGGGAUUGAGGCGUUUUUACUGAUGCAGUCCUGAGCCGCAGAACUAUGCCACUUUUUAUACUGUGCUACACUUCAGUCUUGAAGUGACAGAUGUCUGAGCCCUUUUACCAGCUGCUCACCGUGACGCUACUGGUGUCCUUUCUACUCUGGAGUACCCUGUCACUUAGUUCUCUGCCCGGAAGGCCCAACUUGCCCUUUUUUUUUUUAAAAAAAAAAAAAAAAAAACAGUAUUUGGACAUUUAGAAGGCAUGGGGCACUUAAACUUCAUAAUUUUAGUUUGGCCUAAAUUUUUAGUUUAAAGAUACUAGAGGUUCUCCAGAUUGCUCUCUGAACCAUUGUAUCCAUUUAAGACAGUGGACACUGAGCAGAGCCUGCAUCUGAGACCUGGCCAUGCCUCGCAUGUGUGCUGCCUGUGACAGAUCUACUGCAGGAAUCCUGUUAGACUGUGACGUUUGCAGUACGUGUCACUGCUAGCAUGACUGAGUCAUUUUUGUGGGUGAACUUGUAUUUUGUAGGCUAUUGGGAAGAUUGUAUCGGAACUGCAGGUCCAGUGAAGCUGCAGUCUGUCUCGGAAUGCUUAGUAGAUCUGUCUCAGGACCUGGGGCCCAGAACAGCAUUGCUGCAUUCCGAUUGCAGUUCUCACCAAUGGUGUCUUCAUGCUCCAUUAACAAAACUGACCAGCAGUUCAAGGGAGACGGCCAGGAACAGCCUGGGCCGCUGCUCCCCUCAUGUACUUCUGUCUGAAGCAGGUCGUUCCUAAUUGUCCUCACAAUGCAGUUACAGACUCGGUGUUCUACAGCGGUGCCUGCCUCCCGGGUGUGUCGCGGACUUGUCUUCUUUUUAAGAUACCUAGAAUUGACGAUUAUUGUCUGAAUUCUGUAGUUUUGUCCUUUUACACACACACACACACACACACACACACACACACACACACGGAGUAUGUGCUGAUACACACCUGCAGUCCCAGCCUUUAGCAGCCUAGGCUGGCUACAUAGCAAGACCUGUCUUUAAAAUAAAAACAGACAAAACCACCGAAGAGGCUGCUGAGCAGUCUAGACGGCAGUGGUGAGUUCCUAGGAAACAUCCGCUAAGUUGAUGUCUGUAAGCUCCGACCUCUGAGUGGUGGAGUAGACCACUGUGCUCGGCCUGUGCACUGCUGAGCAGAUGACAGGGAUGCUCCACCCACAGCACACAGGCUUCAUCUUUUUGUUGUUAUUGUUUGGUUGUUUGUUUUUUUGUUUUGGCUUGUUAUGGUUUGAUUUUAGUUUUUUAAGACAGGGUUUCUCUGUGUAGCCCUGGCUGUUCUGUGAACUUGAUCUGUAGACAGGCUGGCCUCAAACUCAGAGAUCUACCUACCCUUAUAAAAGGUAUGUGUUGGGGCUAGAGAGAUGGCUCAGUGGUUAAGAGCACUGGCUGCUCUUCCAGAGGUCCUGAGUUCAAUUCCCAGCAACCACAUGGUGGCUCACAACCAUCUGUAAUGAGAUCUGGCGCCCUCUUCCGGCGUGCGGGCAUACACGGAGGCAGAAUGUUAUAUACAUAAUUAAUAAAUAAAUCUUUAAAAAAAAAAAGGUGUGUGUCACCACUGACUAGCUCUUGCUGUAUUUUGAUUGCAAUCCAUUUUGUAACAUUCCGAGUGAUACAGAGUGUAAUGGAACAUUCCUAGAGCCCUCGAACUUAAGUUUGAGGCCACCCUAAGCUAUACAUAGCAAGACCUUCUCUCAACUAUAAGCAAAAAAGUAAUUUUUAUCCAGGCAUGGUGGUACACAUGUUUAAUCCCAGCAUUUGGGAGGUAGAGACAAAAAGAUCUCUGAGUUCUAGGCUGGCCAGAUCAACAUAGCAUGCUCUAAGACAGCCAGAACUACAUAGAGAAACCCUGUCUCAAAAAAACUAAAAAAUAAUAAUUUUGAUGAGAAAAAGAAAAGCCAGUAAGUGUUAGGCUAAGAUUUGCCUUUUUCUUACAAGAGUAACAAAGUAGAUAUAUCCAGCUUCUUACCCAAAGGAACGGUCUUUUUAUGGAUCAGUUAUCAAGAUGUGAGUAAGCUUACAUAAUGGUUCCUCGGCUUUGUUUAAUCUGCUGAAUUUUACAAUAUGAAAUACUUUACUUUUGCAAAUACAAUUUUUUUUUGGGUGGUUUUGUUUUGUUUUGUUUUUCAAGACAAGGUUUCUCUGUGUACCCUUGGCAGGCCUAAAAUUUGCUCUGUAGACCAGACUGGACUCGAACUCAUAAAGAUCCACCUGCUUCUGCUUCCCAAGUGCUGGGAUUAAAUGUGUACACCACUGCCCAGUUUUCAAAUACAGUUUUUAAGACAAGAUCUCACAAUGUAGCCUUGACUGACCUUGAACUCACAGAGACCUGUCUGGCUCUGCCUCCUAAGUCCUAGGAACACGCACACCCAGCUAAAACACAAUUUUUUAAGAUCUGAUUUUUUUUAAACUAAUUUAGGUUUACCCUACCAUGAAUUACCUGAGGUAGAGCAAUGUUUCUUAUUUCCAUUUAACUCUGAGGGUUGUGGCUUUCAGAAUGGAGCUAUGGUGCAAGUCCUGGGCCCUCCCUUCCUGCAGUUAGAGUCAUCACAGAAUUAUGAAGCGUUCCUCAGUCUGUGAUUUCCUCCCCAGAGUGUCCUCUGUAAUGCUGUUCUCCAUGUGAGCCAUGCUGUAACUCGGCCUGUUUUUCUAUUUUGAUGUGCUCUGUAAGUCGGCCCUGAUCUUUUGUCAGAUAGUGUGGCUUCCUCCCGCUGUGUAAAUGUGUGUCACCUGUCAGUCUUCCGCUUUUCUGUAUGGACCUUUAACUGUGUUAAUAAAGUGACCCUGAGUGUGAGACACCA